UUUCUUCCUCGGUUGUGGCGGCAAGUAUUCAUCAGGCAGUGUGUACGGAUCUGGAACUGCCGGCGAAGAACUGCUUGCCGGUUUUCCCGACGCCUGCACACAGACUCCAGGAAUGGCGACGCUGUACAGUGCAUGCACCCUGUUUCAAUGCCUCUCCCGAGCUCGGGUGAGGACCGCGACGUCGAGCGCUACAUUGGGGCGUACAAAUUCGCCGCAUCGCUCGCAGAGGCUCGCCCUUCGCGGUCUCGCAACGGUGCCUUUGACAAUGGAUCCCGUGGCGCGCUGCGUCGUUGAAGCGGUGGACGUGAAUGCCAAAUUGCUCAACGACGUGCAGGCAGCCAUCUGGAGGGUGCCGGAAGUGCGUUUCGAGGAAAAAAAAGCGCAUGACCUGCUUACGGAAGAGUUUUACAAGGCAGGAUUCCGGCGGCGCCGCUUCCGCAUGCCGUGGAAGAGACAGUGCCUGCGUGCAGGUGACACCCAGCUACGUCCUGCCGACGGGCUUUCGGGCCGAGUACUCGCGGCCCGGCGUAAGCGGCCCGUGCAUGUGCUUCCUGGCCGAGUACGACGCACUGUCCGAGGUAGGCCACACGUGCGGACACAACCUCAUCGCCGAAGCUGCCCUGGGCGCUUCACUGGCGCUGAAAAAGGCGCUCGAAACGACACCAGAUCUUCCAGGCCGCGUCGUCUGCCUUGGGACGCCAGCCGAGGAGGGCGGCUCCGGCAAGCUGCUCAUGGUCAAGGGUGGCGCACUGGCCGACGUGGAUGCGGUGAUAAUGGUACACCCGAGCUCGGUGAACGACGUGGCGCCGCCCUACCUGGCCGUGGGCAAAGUGCAUGUGCGCUACACGGGCAAAGCGCUGUACGUAGCGAGCGCUCCUUCCCACCCCGUGAAUGCCCUGGACGCCGCGGUGACCGCCUACACCGCGGUGGCCGCCAUGCGCCAGCACAUGAGGCCCACUUGGAAGGUGCACGGCGUAAUCACCCGCGCUGGCUUGGUGGCGAACGUGAUCCCAGACGAGACGGAGCUCUUCUACUAUUACCGGGCGCCCAAUGCGUUGGAGCUGGAGCAGCUGCGGCGACUGCUUGAGAACUGCUUCCAGGGUGCUGCCGUAUCCACUGGCUGCACCCUCGACCUGGACUGGCAGGGCGGCUACGAGGCGCUGCUCACUAACGGGCCGCUGGCCGACGCGUUCCGCAAGAGCGCUGCGUCGCUGGGCCUGCAGCUCGAACCCAAGAGCUUGUCUAAGUUCCACUUCAUUGCUUCGUCAGACAUGGGCCACAUGUCCCAGCGCGUGCCCACCAUCCAGCCCACGUUCGCCGUCUGCUCGGCUCCCAACCAUAGCCGGGACUUUGCCGCGGCCGUGUGCCACAAAGAGGCGCAGGGCCCAACACUGCUCGUGGCCAAGGCCAUGGCACUCACGGGCCUCGAGCUCUUCCGCGAUCCCCGAGUUCUUGAAAGAGGUCCGAAAGAGAUUCUCUGA